UCCCGCCCCCGCCCCCGCCUCGCGGACCAGGAAUCACCUUCAGGCCAAUCCGGUGAAGCUUUGGCAGAAAUUAAGGAAGAAAACAGCUCCUCUGUGCCUCGGCAUGGAUAAAUGUUCAGUGGGAGGAUUAGACUUGGCUGACCAGACUCCUCUUUCUCUAAAGAGUAAAGCCAUGGCAGCUAGUCCCACGGAUAUAGGAAAUCCACUUGGGGACCCAACUAGUCCUUUAGUCAGCAGCUCUAGAAACUCAUCAGUGGAAGACGAUGAUGACGAUGUUGUAUUUAUUGAAUCUGUUCAACCUCCUUCGAUUCCUACUCCAGCAAUAGCUGAUCAAAGAAGUUUUCUAUCGAGAAAUGGAAAGCUCCAAGGAAAUUAUUCCAUAAUUCUUCCUUCCUCAAGAGAUCUAGCUUCUCAGAAGAGAAAUAUAAGUGAGACGAUUGUUAUUGACGACGAAGAGGACAUAGAAACAAAUGGAGGGGAAAAGAAAAACUCCUCUAGUUUUAUGGAAUGGGGACCUCCUGAGACUAAAAACAGAACCAAAGAUGUGGAUUUCUCCAUUUCCAGUCUUUCAAGAAGUAAGACCAAGACUGGAGUAGGACCUUUUAAUCCUGGUAGAGUGAAUGUGGCAGGAGAUGAAUUUCAGAAUGGAGAAUCCGCAGCUCAUCACAGCCCUGACUCGUGGAUCUCCCAGUCAGCGUUGUUUCCCCGUAAUCAGAAGCAGCCCGGGGUGGACUCCUUAUCACCAGUGGCCUCGCUUCCCAAACAGAUUUUCCAGCCUUCAGCCCAGCAGCAACUUACCAAACCAACGAAGAUCACUUGUGCAAACUGCAAGAACCCUUUACAGAAGGGACAGACGGCUUAUCAACGGAAAGGAUCCGCUCACCUCUUCUGUUCCACCACCUGCCUCUCCUCCUUCUCUCACAAGCGUACUCCAAAGAAGCGCAGUGUAGUCUGUAAAAAAGAUGCACCUGCCCGAAGAGCCGCUGUGGCCCCUCCAGCGGGCUCCAGCCAGUCCUUCCAGGGAAGCCGCCGUGCACCCUGUGCGUCCCCCUGCGGAGACGGUCAGAGUCUCCGACGGCGAGUCCCCAACAAGUCGAGAUGCGCAGUGUGCAGUAAGCUGGCAGAGGUUCGCCAUGAAGUCAGCGUUAGCAAUGUGACACACAAGCUGUGCAGUGACCACUGCUUCAAUGAGUACAGAGCGGCCAACGGUCUGACCAUGAAUUGCUGCGAGCAGUGUGGGGAGUACCUGCCCAGCAGAGGGGCCGGGCACAGUGUCCUGGCAGCCGGCGGGCAGCGGAUGAGGUUCUGCUGCCAGGGCUGUGUUAGUGAGUACGCACAGAUGCUGGAAACAAAAUCAAAAAAAUUAUCAACAUCAGAAAACAGAAAAAGAAGUGCUAUUCGCGAAGAAAAUGAAAGAUCAUUGAAUAUACUUUUGGAAAAAAUAGAGGGAAUACCAGAAAAGAAGGAGAAGACCUCAGAGCUGCUGGUUUCAGCAGAGUGUGGCACACGCAUGUCACCGGCCACCCGGGGCGCAGGUUUACUGUCUCCUGUGCCCGCUGUGGCUGACGCACUCCAGGAGCAGCGCGGGGACGAAGGGCCGGACGGCGCUGGGCCCGUGGUGCUCCCAGCAGACCCUGGGACGUGGCCCCGGGCCUUGACUGUCAAACAGCGAGACAUUCUGGUCGAGAAUGACCCACCUCAGGUGAGAAAUUUUAACUUCCCAAAAGACAACACAGGGAGGAAGUUUUCAGAAACUUACUAUACCCGAAUUCUUCCAAAUGGUGAGAAAACCACUCGAUCCUGGUUACUUUAUUCGACCUCCAAAGAUUCUGUGUUUUGUCUGUACUGCAAACUCUUUGGGGAAGGAAAGAACCAGCUGCGGAACGAGAACGGAUGCAGGGACUGGCAGCACCUGUCCCACAUCCUCAGCAAGCACGAGGAAAGCGAGAUGCACGUCAGCAACAGUGUCAAGUAUUCAAAAUUGAAAUCCGAUUUGAAGAAAAACAGAACGGUUGACGCUGCAGGACACAGAUGACGGGACAGUGGGAAACGGGGCGCCGUGCUGCUGCCAUGACGCGCCUGCCGGGGCUUGACGUCCGCCUGAGGCCUGUCCCAGACACUCAUGCCGCCUGUGUCCUGGCCCCGUGCAGUCACUCUCGGCAGUUUGUUGGUGAUAAGUAUCAUCACAAAUAACUCACAGAGUGUUUCCGCUCCAGAUUCUCAAGCCAGCUGGAUUCCAGAGUGAUUAGUGCAGGUUUCAAUGAAGACAGUUAAUUGUUCAUUUUUUCAGUUUGCCAAUUCAUGUUUUUUAAAUAGGCAUUUGAUAGGUUUGGUUAAUUUUCUGUUCUGAUUACGUUGAAAGAGGGAGAGAAAGGCUUGAAUUUAUUGGAACCAGUUUGAACAAGAUACUUACAUGCAUAGGCGUUCUCAUCAUGAUUAUUGGGUAAAAACGUUCAGAAACGGUCUAAGGACAAAAUGGGAUAGGGAACUGCGGCUUUUUGCUAUUAAACCAAAUAUUUGUGACUCAUUUCUUUUGGGCAAAACAUCGUUUUAUUAUAUGAGCAAAACAGCAUCAUUUGUUAUAUUAAAUUUUUAAGGUGGUUUAUUUUCAUUUUACUGAUUUUGUUUUAAUUUAACUGGUAAACGUUUUAGCUUUUAUUAUGUGAGAACUAUAAGCAUAAAGUGUAUACCUAUUUUUAUGAUGGUACAAAUAUAAGAAAUAUGAAAAUAAAAUAUAUUGUUUUCUGUA